GACGAAAAAGGGCAGAUCAAAUUUCAGACCCCCCCACACUAUAUAUAAUCAGGUGUCUUUAUGCCGAAGGUUACUACUUCUAAUUCUCCUGGACUCUUAACCCAAGAUGGAUCACAUUGUGAUCUUCCUUUGGGUGCUACUUUCAGCAUCAGGAGUAAAAUCUGCCACAACAGCAGCUAAAGAUUUCUACAGUUGUGGCAAGACUUUCACAGAUCCAUCGGGGUCAUUUACUCUCCCAUAUUACAAUGGUGGUGGAGAUGUCGUGGAGUGUCUCUGGACAAUUGUUUCCGAUUAUAAGAUUCCUAUAGUGCUAACCCUUGAUUAUUUCAGUUUGGACUGUACUCGUGAAUACAUUCGUAUCUAUGAUGGACUGGUACGUCAUUCAGCACUACUUGGGCAAAUAUGCGGUGGCUCAAGUCAGGUAUUCGUUUCACGUUCAGGCAUCAUGAAAGUUGUACUCCACAGAGAGUCCUAUCGUGCAAGCUCUGGCUUUUUUGGCUAUUACGAUAUAACAGAUCUGGUAACCUCAACAGUCCCUGAAUUAACAACAGCUCCAGAGUUGACAACCGGACCCUUGUAUACAACAACUCUUCCUGCAGAAACCACUAAUCUGGUAACCUCAGCAGUCCCUGAAUUAACAACAGCUCCAGAGUUGACAACCGGACCCUUGUAUACAACAGCUCUUCCUGCAGAAACCACUAAUCUGGUAACCUCAACAGUCUCUGAAUUAACAUCAGCGCCCUUUCAGUGUGGUGGCGUUCUCUUGGAACCAUUUGGAUAUAUCUAUGGCCCUUAUUAUCCUGGAUAUGGCAGGCCAAUGGAGUGUACCUGGGAAAUUAAAGCUCCACAGUUUUACGAGAGAGUUGUUUUACAGUUUAAAACAAUUGGUUGGAAUUUGAACUGCCGCACAGAUUAUAUUGCCAUCUACGAUGGUGGCUUGGGCUCAUCAAGAAAACUUGGAAGAAUUUGCAUGUUUACCCGUCAUGUAUUUAUAUCCACUUCAGACACAAUGACUGUUGUGUUGUACAGAAAUUCCUCUAACGCAGGGCUAUCAUUUACUGCUUAUUACUAUACUACGCCACAAGAAACAACCACAGAACAGAUUUUGCAAGAAACAACCACAGGACACAUUGAUACUACUUCUGUCACCCUGGAAGCAACUACAGAAGCAACUACUGCUGCUGUUCUAUCCACAACUGGAGAACCGACCACUUUAGGCACAGAGUCUCCUUCUACUCCAUCUGCAUGUGGUGGCUAUCUCUCCCUUCCAAAUGGAUCUAUCUCUGGACCAUAUUAUCCUGGAAAUGGUGCCAUUGUACAGUGUAUCUGGGAAAUUCAAGUGAGCCCUGGUUAUCAAAUAGUUCUCCAGUUGUCUUAUAUUAGCCUGAACUGCAAGAAAGAAUAUAUUAAGAUCUUCGAUGGGUACGCGUAUGCCUCCACUCUGCUUGGAAGAAUUUGCUCUGGCAUCUAUCUCAACUAUACCUACACAUCAACUUACAACACAAUGACUAUUGUGCUGUACAGAGAUUCAUAUUACUCAGGAAAUGGGUUUUAUGCUUCUUAUGCUUCUAUUCCACUAAGAAUAGAAACAACUACUGCACCACCUCUCAAUGAAUCAACCACUGGAAUAGAAACAACUACUGCACCACCUCUCAAUGAAUCAACCACUGGAAUAGAAACAACUACUGCACCACCUCUCAAUGAAUCAACCACUGCUCUUCCUACAAGUUUAGCACCAGUUCCUUCGAGAACGCUUUCAUGUUCUGGAGAAUACAUGCUUGCACACAUCAGCAGGGACUAUCUUGGGUUGCUGGGCUACAAUGCAAGCGAAGUAUCCCUGAAUACUUCAGACCCCUUCUGCUCACCUGAGAUUACUCAAGAAUAUGUGGUCUUCAAGAUACCAUAUAGUGGGUGUGGCACAGUAAGAAAGCAGUCAAAUAAUGACACCAUCACCUAUACCAACAUAAUCAAGACAUCAGCCUCUGGUUAUAUCAUUACAAGAAGGAAAAACUUUCAAUUUCAUAUUAUGUGUGAAAUGAACGCAAAGAGUGUUGUAGAGACGAUGUUUAUUGCCCAAAAUUCCAUUGACAUUACUGAAAGAAAACAUGGCAACUACAGUGUGGCACUUUCGUUCUAUGAAUCAUCAUCUUUCGACGUUUCAGUUCGCAGUUUCCCAUAUGUAGUGCCCCUCGACCAGGUUCUCUAUCUUCAAGCUACUCUCAACAGUUCUGAUCCAAACUUAGUACUAUUUCUAGACACAUGUGUAACAUCUCCAUACCCUGGUGACUUCACAACUCUGACCUAUGACUUAAUCAAGCAUGGAUGUGUGCGAGACCCAACCUUCUUAAAUCUCAGAUUUAACUCAAGCAACAACAACGUUCGUUUCAAGUUCAACUCUUUUAAGUUUCUUUAUGAACACAAUCAAAUUUAUUUGCAAUGCAAACUAGUAGUGUGCAAGGCAUAUGAUUACUCAUCCCGAUGCUACCAGGGAUGUUUAACUAGAAGGAAGAGGGAAACAGAUAAUCUUCAGGAUAAAGUGGAUGUGGUCGUGGGACCAGUCAAACUGCGGAAAGAAACCAAUGAAGACAAAAGACAGGAACUGGCUAAGAGUGUGAAUCUAGAAAAGAAAGAAGCUCUCAGCCCACUUACUGUUACUACUGUACUUUUGGCAGCCAUGGUCUUUGUUCUGUCCGGCUUACUUAUAAGCAGCAAACUGAGAAGGAAAAACUAUCACCAAAUCUACUGAUACCAAUGCACCAGCAAGAGAUUCAUUCAGCACUUCCUACACAAAAACAAAACCCGCAUCUUUAGCAUGUAUUUCUGGAAUUUAAAUCCAUAGACAGGAACAUCUAUAGUUGGACACAUUUACUGGUAGAUUGAAACACAAUCCAGUUCAAUCAAAGUACCAGGAUCAAAUAUUUAUUUUGAUCAAAAUCAUUGCCUAUAUCCAGCUAAUUUGACUUAAUGGCAUUGUGGAAUUGUUCUCAUUAUCCUUUUAAACAUCCCCCCUUACCUUCUAUGGAUAUAGUUAAGUCCCAUUGUACUUCCAAAAACCAUUCUACAUACAGUCGUACCUCGGGUUACGACCACCUCGGUUUGCGAACAGUUCAGGUUACGAACUGCGCAAACCCGGAAGUGUUUUCACCGCGCACGUGUGCGCAGAAGCGGCACGUGCGGUCUGCGCAUGCGCAAAAUGGCGCUUUGCGCAGCGUUCGGGUUACGAACUGUGAUCCGGAACGGAUCGCGUUCGUAACCCGAGGUAUUACUGUAUAAAUAUUAUACCUGCCAACUUCAUAUGUCAGAGAUGCAUCAUGACUAUAUUUCAAAAGAGGAUUUGUUGCGACUCUUCAGUUAAUAUUUAGGAGCUGAAAGGCAAAGUGCUGAAGUUUAUUGGAAUAAUUGGAAACAGACAUAGGAAAUGUGCUUCAUAAUACAUAGCUGAACAUGUUCCAGCUAUGUUGAUUUUGAAAUGAUAAGUUUGAUACUCUCUUUUGACUAGUGUAGAAUCUCUGUCACAAGUGUAAACAAGCAGUUUGGCUUAUGGCCUGAUUCACCAGCCAGUUCGGUCAGAGAAUUUCAUGUUCAGUUCCAUUUAUCUUUGUAGGGUUACAAUUAGUUUAAAUCCUAGGAUGUUUUUGUUAAUUACUUAAGCAAAGGAUCUCACAAUUCAACAUUUCUCUGUCACUAUUCCAUUAUGCUAUUUCUGCUUCUUUUGAAAACUCCUGCUUUGCCCCAUUGUGCUUUGGGAGAAAUUUCAGAUGACGAUGUUACCCUUUCACGUGGCAAUUCAUUCUGUCAAAUUGAUGCAAAUAACAAAUCCAUCAUUUGUAUGAAGCAUAAAACAGAUUCAGGGUUUGUUGUUGCAUUUUGCUAACUGAAGGUAAAGAGGCAUUCAGAGUCCACAUGGUGACUGACAGAAUAAUAAGAGGAGAAUUAUAAUCUCAAGCAACUCCCAAGGAAAAAAUGGUCCAUAAAACUGAACAGAUAGUUAUAGGGUUUUAUGAUGUAUUCAGGAAUGGAAAAAUCUGUUUCAUCAAUGUAAUGCCAAAUUAUAUGAAGUUGCAUUUUUCUGCCAACUACUUUGCAAUAAAAUUACUACAUCUUUGCAA